AUAAUGGAAGUAAAGAAAGACAUAUCAAUCUGGCAGAACCAGCAACUAUCUAUUAAAAUUUCUGGAUAAGACCAACUACUUGCAUAUAUAAUAAUACAGCGGAUCUCUUCUUAGCAUAACAAGCAAGGGUGACUAAUUUUCUCCUUCUGUUUUUUGAGCCCGUCACAAGGCCAUGGCUUCUGGAGCAAGCAAAUCUGCUGCCUUCAUGCUCUUAAUCCUCAAUAUGGGGCUGUAUUUUCUCAUGAUAGUAAUCGGUUCAUGGGCUAUAAAUCAUGGGAUUGUAAGAUCUCGUGAAACAGCGGCUAUUUUGACAAUCCCAGCACGCAUCUUUCCGAUAUACUUCCCGAUGGGAAAUUUGGCAACAGGUUUCUUCAUCAUUCUCUCCCUUCUUGCCGGCGUUGUGGGCUUCACCUCCUCUAUUACUGGACUUCAUAACGUUUUUCUCUGGAAUGCUCCAAACUUACACGCAGCAUAUGCGUCUUCUCUAGCAUCAUUGUCACUCACCCUUCUAUCCAUGGGAUUCGCAUGCAAAGAGAUCGACAUAGGCUGGACAGAUUCAGUCUUGCGUACUCUAGAAGUGGUGACAAUAAUUGUGAGUGGAACCCAAUUAUUGUGCACUGGUGCUAUCCAUGUUGGAGUAGAAGAUAUGGUCGCACGACAGAAGAACCUGGGAGGAAGAGUUUGAUUGAGCCUUCGAUUUGAAGCCUGGCAACUUGUUCUGUAUAAAAACACAUAUCUGUGGUAAUAAAUUAAACUGGAUUUGACCAUUGAGUGAGCAAAUCAUGUAUUUCUUUUGUUGAGAAUCUGUAUGUAAGUACAUUUAUUUUCUUAAUUGGAUUAUGAAAUGAAAUUUAUAUA